UUGUCUGACACCUGUGGUGUUGUUUAGCUGUUGCAUCCCUCCACAUUUGGAAAUGAAUGUUUGAUUUUUCAUCAUUUACUUCUUAUCCAAUCCUAAUUUCUCAACGCAUGUGCAUGUCGUACUGAAUGAUGGACAACGGAAAGAAGAGAACCUUAAGAAUUUUGGGUAUUCAUGACUAGAAGCAAGAAGUACCAUCAUGGGAUGCGGCACAUCUAUUGCCGUUGAGAACCAAACACCACCCUCAGAAACUGCCAUGAAAGCUGCCAUACUGAUCCAGCGUUGGUACAGACGCUAUGUUGCUCGCCUGGAGAUGAGAAGACGCUAUACGUGGAACAUCUUUCAGUCCAUUGAGUAUGCAGGGGAACAGGACCAGCUACAGCUUUCCAGUUUCUUCAGUUUCAUGUUGGACAACUUCACACAGAUGAAUGGACCAGACUUGAUCUCUCACCUCCUGGACUCUGUGGUUGACCCGUUAAUUGAGGAGGUCAGGCAGUUGAAGUACGAGCAGAUUGUCGUGCCGGAAUCGUACUGCGGUCCUCGUCUCUCCUUCCCACUGAGCGUGACUGAUACCAAUGCCCUACUCAGCGCCUUUAAAGAGGAGCAGACUCUUCACGGCAAAUAUGUGCUGCAGCUACUAUAUGAAACGAAGAAGUUCUUGAAACAGAUGCCAAACGUCAUAUACCUGUCGACGUCCUAUACCAAAGAGAUAACUAUAUGUGGCGAUCUGCAUGGUAGACUGGAUGACUUACUGCUUAUAUUUUACAAGAAUGGUCUGCCCUCUGCGGAGAACCCCUACAUAUUCAAUGGAGACUUUGUGGAUCGAGGAAAGAAAUCUACAGAGAUUAUCAUCAUUCUGUUUGCCUUCCUACUGCUGUACCCCGACCACAUGCAUCUGAACAGAGGCAACCAUGAGGACCACAUCAUGAACCUCAGAUACGGAUUCACAAAAGAAGUCAUGCAGAAGUAUAAGACUCAUGGCAGGGAAAUCCUACAGCUUCUUCAGGAUGUGUUCAGCCUGCUUCCUCUUGCAACUGUCAUCGAUAACAAAGUGCUUAUAGUUCACGGUGGCAUAUCGGACAAAACUGAUCUGGACUUUCUGAGCACUGUUGAAAGGCAUAAAGUGAAGUCUGCUCUCAGGUUGCCCAAACGCAGCAUUGAUCAUCUCAACGUCCGUGCCUGCAGUCGCAGCAGCAGCAGACACAGCGGAAGAUCCAGACUGGACAGCCCUUGCUCCUCAGGCCGCACCAGUCGUGCUUCCCGCAGAAAGAAGAAGCACUUCACUAGGCAGGGGAGCUGCUCCUCAUCUUCAUCAUUCUCAUCCUCCUCAUCAUCCGUGUGCUCCCCCCGGAUCUCGUCACGGAACACUCCACAUCGACCUCCACCUUCCCCUAUAUGUGAGUCUGAACAGCCGGCAUUGUAGUCUACCAGGAUCAGUAAAGAGCCCCCUGAGCCACCCAGAGAAGAACUGGAAUGGCAGCAAGUUGUUGAUAUCCUGUGGAGUGACCCUAAAAAUCUAAACGGCUGCGGUCCGAACUCUUUUCGCGGUGGAGGCUGUUACUUUGGGCCAGACGUGACGCAGGCGCUGCUGCAGAAACACGGCCUCUGUCUGCUCAUCAGAUCACAUGAAUGUAAACAGGAGGGCUAUGAGCUCUGCCACAACGGACAGGUUAUCACUAUUUUCUCUGCAUCUAACUACUACGAAGAAGGCAGUAACCGCGGGGCGUACAUCAAACUGGGGCCUGAAUUGGUCCCACGCUUCUUCCAGUAUCAAGUUAGUCGAAGCACCAGAAAACUCACACUCCAUCAAAGGGUUCGUGUAGCAGAAGGUUCAGCACUCAGGGCUCUGAAAGAGCAGCUGUAUGCUCACCGCUCUGAGCUAAUGGCUGUCUUUCAACAGUAUGACAUAGACAACACAGGUCGCAUCUCCACUAGCGAGUGGGCACAGGUGGUGGAGUCUGUGCUGCGAUUGGAUCUGCCAUGGAGAACCCUGCGCCCACGCCUGGCCCGUCUUAGUGCAGAUGGCAAUGUAGAGUAUGAAUCCUGCUUUGAGGACAUCAGCCCUGGAGAACCCAUCCCUCCGGUAACACCAAACUUGGCUGAAACUCUUUAUAGAUAUAGAACUGACCUAGAGAUAAUAUUUAACAUCAUCGAUAAGGACCAUUCAGGUCAGAUCUCCAUUGAGGAGUUCCGUCAGACUUGGAAGCUCUUCAGUUCCCAUUUGGGGGUUGCUGUGAAUGACCAGACGAUAGACGACAUGGCUCGAAGCAUAGACUUUAACAAAGACGGCAGCAUUGAUUUUAAUGAGUUCCUGGAGGCUUUCAGGGUGGUGCAUAAACUGGAUGUCAAAGAGCAGCAGCAGGGUUGAUUCUGGAUGAGCAGAUUACAGAAAAGGCAGAUUUACAAAUCAUUUUUGGCACUUCAUCUUUAUUUUUUAACAUCUUAUGGACACAGAAGUUAUUCAUUUUCAUUUUCCAGG